AUGGAUACCGAAGAUUUGGAACUAAGCGACGAAGAGGAAGAAAUAACGGCCGAUGUUGUUCUAAAAACAAUACAAAAUUUAUGGCAAAACGAACGGUUAUCUCCUGAAAUAUUACCGCACCGAAAUGACAUGGUAGAAUGUAUGUUAGGUCAGAUUCAACACAUGGAGCGUAAUAUAAACAAACUACCUAAAACUGAUCUUCGGGCUUCAAUACAUAAAAUGGAAUUAAACAGAAUAAAAUACAUAAUUUGCAACUACCUCAAAACUAGACUUGAUAAGAUAGAAAAGUACUGUAUAACAAUAGUCAAUGAUGAGAAGCAAAGAACAGAAUCAGGGACAAAUUAUUUAACACCCUCUGAGUUCAGAUAUGCACAAGAAUAUCUCCUCAGCAUAGAGCAUCAUUUAAAAGAGACUAUACUUAAUCGAGUCCCUGGGAAUAUGCAAGCUUUUGAAAUUAAUAAAAUGGCAAUAGUACCUGCUCUGCAAUCUCAUGUGUUUUUAAAAGCAAACGAAACAGUAAAUGGUAUUGUUUUAGAGGACCAUUUUGGGGAUCAAGAUGAAGAGAUUGAUUUAGAAGAGGGAUCACAACAUAUUUUGCAGUACAAAUUCAUAGCAGACUUGGUUAAAAAUGGAAAAGUUCAGUUAGUUUAA